AUGGCUUCAGUCAGUGUGGUUCGUGCCAGGGGCGCAACAAAUGAGCAUGGAUUUUCUCGAUCCAAGAUUCCAGUGGCUUUCACGCCGCCUCAGGAGAAGGACUUCUCCUCGUCGUUUCCCUUCAGAGUAGACUACUUUGUGUUGAACAAAACCGAAUAUGUUCUAGUGAAGCUGCUAGCCAAAUUAUGGAAUUACCCCAGUUCGUAUCAACUCAUUGCUAGGAUCGUCAAAAAAUCGGGAAUUCCUAAAUCUGACUUUUUGUUCAAGACAACACAAUCGCUUAAUGAGCUGCUUCUUGCGGAAGGCUUACUUUCAUCAAAUGACGCUGACAAGCAACAAUUCUACAUACCAUUUCGAUUCCUAUAUUCAAUAAUUGAGAAUGUCGAUGUCUUGGUAGGAGAGGAUUCGAUCGUGCAAAAUACCGAAUCUCCUGAAAAACUCAUGAUACCAGCCAACGACGAGGACCAUAUUACCGUCUCCCAGGUCUUCCCUCUGUACGGACAUGUGGAAUCUUCCCUACGAAAAGAUCACGCUACUUUCCUUACUUUGACUCCCCUCACGAAGUUGCAGGUCUACAAACAUGAGGGAACCUAUAAGAGGGUCUACGGAAGUUCACUUAGCGCUCUGGAGCGUGAGCUUAUCAUCAGAAACAAUAACUACGCUAACUUCAACCCAGGUACCGAUGCUGAUGUCAACGAGAAAGGAGACUCUGGCAGGAAACCUCUAGGAAGGUCUAAGCGUCAGGUGGGAAGUGUCGACCCAAACUCUCUUGACGUUUCUGAGAAUAUUCUUCCCGGAAAUGGCACAAUUCCAGAGUUUCUGGUGGGCCCUCUAUGUAGAGUUCCCAACUAUUUUGUGACGAGUGGACUGAUGAACUCGAUGCAACAGGCAGCCCUUUUAAACGCUCAGCGACCACACCUUGGCAAGUUGCAGCUAAAAUUUGCUGACCACAAGGUAUCCAAGCAGGUGCAGCAGCUACUUUUGAACAAUGAUCAAGAAGCCCUCCAUUCCAAGUAUUACUACUACAAAUCCUAUAGAGGGCCAGGAUCGGGUAACUAUAAGGACGCUGCUUUGGUGAAUAAAAUCAAUAAGAUACGGAUGUUCAGCAAGGAGAACGCCCCAUCUUCAAAUGCGGUAACUCAUCUACCCGCGCAUAAAGUCCGAAAACCAAUGAAAAGGAGAUUCAAUCGUCCUGUCAAGGGGUUGAUACAUGAAUGCUAUUCUCCUGAAAACCUCGAGGUUGUGGUGAACCGGCAACGUCAAUUCACUGAAGACUUCACUAACUUGGAAGUGCUUCACAGUACUGUUUUAUUUAAUGUUCUUGCCAAUUCUUACAGGGAAGUGUCUCAGGAAACAUGGGCAAGCUACUAUAAGUUCCGCAUGAUCGAUUUCGAAAAACUUUACCUGAUAGAAAAGGAAACAAGACAAAUGAAGAGAAAGGAAGAAUUGCUUGCGGAAUUCAAGAAAGCAAGGGAAGAAGCCGAAGCACUGGGAGGAUUGCCACCGCAGCCAUCCAAGGAACUUGCCGAACUCACAAAGCCUAACUUAACUGAGAGGUUCACCUUACCUACAGACCAUGUGGAGAUAAUGCAAAAGUUGCCUCUUGAGCUACGUGGAGACCUGGCGGACCCAGUGUCGCAAAUUAGCAAGCCUAUUAGAUACUUGGCCACGUAUCCCGACAAGCAGAUGCCCGAGGUGCUCAAUCAGAUCGAAGUUGUCAAACUACCCAACGCCAAUUCUUUGGCGUGGGACAAUAUCAAGAAAUAUCGCGAGGCGUAG